GAGCGCGGGGCGCCAGCGGCGGGUCCAGCUGCCGCCGCACCAUGCCCGAGCCCACCUCCGGGCAGCCGCGGCGCGCCGCCGGGGCCCCGGCCGGGGAGGAUGCCAGACGCCCGGGAGCUGCCAGGGCAGCGGUGGUGGCGGCGGCGGCGCGAUGGUAGUGACAGGCUGUGCCCGAGGCGGCGGCGGCGGCGGGGACCGCGCGCCCUCCCGGCGGCGGGGCCGCGGACUCGCGCCGGCCGGGGCCGCGGCGCUGCUGGCCGGGGCGAGCUGCCUGUGCUACGGCCGCUCCCUGCAGGGCGAGUUCGUGCACGACGACGUGUGGGCGAUCGUGAACAACCCCGACGUGCGGCCCGGCGCCCCCCUCCGCUGGGGCAUCUUCACCAACGACUUCUGGGGCAAGGGCAUGGCCGAGAACACCAGCCACAAGUCCUACCGACCGCUCUGCGUCCUCACCUUCAAGCUGAACGUAUUUUUGACUGGUAUGAACCCAUUCUACUUUCAUGCAGUGAAUGUGAUUUUGCACUGCCUAGUGACUCUUGUCCUGAUGUACACCUGUGACAAAGCUGUCUUCAGGAAUCGCAGACUUGCUUUUGCUACGGCGUUGCUUUUUGCUGUGCAUCCUAUCCACACGGAGGCAGUGGCUGGAAUUGUUGGCAGAGCUGAUGUGUUAGCAUGCCUGCUGUUUCUGUUGGCCUUUCUCUCCUACAAUAGGAGUGUGGACCAGCGUCAUGUUGGGGAAUGUUUCCCUCCCACGGUGUCUCCCUUCUUCUUGCUGCUCAGUUUGUUGCUGGGGACCUGUGCGAUGCUGGUGAAGGAGACCGGCAUCACAGUGUUUGGAGUGUGCCUGGUUUAUGAUCUCUUUUCCCUAUCCCACAAGCAAGAGAAAUCGAGCAAUGGGGUCAUCCAUCAGCGCAGCCCGCAGCAGCCUGCGAGUCCCCCGCCCCCGUCACUGCCCCCGCAGCCUCACCGGGAGAACGGGAAGCAGCAUCGAUUUCCUCACCGAGGAGCUUGGGGUGGCUGCCACUCACCAUCGCCACCAGAACCCAAGAGCAGUGGAUUCCCAGUGUCUCCUGGAGCUAUGUGGUCCAUGAUGAGGUACUUGACAGCAAGGACCAAUAGAAAUUUCCUGCUUACCAUGAGGCCAUUCUUAAAAAGGGCCACUUUGGUCGUAACUUAUGUGAUUGUCCUUUUGUACUUCCGUCUGUGGAUAAUGGGAGGAUCUAUGCCCCUCUUUUCAGAGCAGGAUAAUCCAGCUUCAUUUUCGCCUUACAUUCUUACAAGGUUCCUUACCUACUCCUACCUCUUGGCCUUCAACGUGUGGCUUCUGCUUGCACCUGUUACCCUGUGCUAUGACUGGCAGGUGGGCAGUAUUCCCCUGGUAGAGACCAUAUGGGACACACGGAACUUGGCCACCAUCCUUCUGGCAGUUGUGAUGACCUUACUGAGCCUUCAUUGUUUAGCAGCCUUCAAGAGACUGGAGCACAAGGAAGUUUUAGUGGGCUUGUUGUUCCUGGUUUUCCCGUUCAUUCCAGCCAGCAAUCUCUUCUUCAGGGUGGGUUUUGUGGUGGCCGAGAGAGUCCUUUACAUGCCUAGCAUGGGCUACUGCAUCCUUUUUGUGCACGGACUGAGCAAGCUGUGCACUUGGCUGAAUCGAUGCGGGGCCACCACCCUGACUGUGUCCACUGUGUUGCUGCUGUUGCUUUUCUCUUGGAAAACGGUGAAACAGAAUGAAAUUUGGCUGUCAAGAGAGUCCCUAUUCAGGUCUGGGGUUCAAACUCUGCCCCACAAUGCCAAGGUUCACUACAACUACGCCAAUUUCCUGAAGGAUCAAGGUCGGAACCUGGAAGCCAUCUACCACUACAGAACAGCCCUCAGGUUGUAUCCUCGCCACGCCAGUGCCCUGAACAACCUCGGAACGCUGACAAGAGACACAGCAGAGGCAAAGAUCUACUAUCAGAGGGCUCUCCAGCUAAAUCCACAGCACAACCGAGCUCUUUUCAAUCUUGGGAAUCUCCUCAAGUCCCAGGAGAAAAAAGAAGAGGCUAUCACCUUAUUGAAGGACUCCAUUAAAUACGGUCCAGAGUUUGCAGAUGCAUAUUCAAGCUUAGCUUCAUUGCUGGCCGAGCAGGAGAGAUUUAAGGAAGCUGAGGAAAUAUAUCAGGCUGGAAUAAAGAACUGUCCAGACAGCUCAGACUUACACAACAACUAUGGGGUUUUCUUAGUUGAUACCGGCUCUCCGGAGAAGGCAGUGGCCCAUUACCAGCAGGCCAUCACACUCAGCCCAAGUCAUCACGUAGCUAUGGUGAAUCUGGGGAGACUCUACAGGUCACUGGGCGAGAACAGUUUGGCCGAAGAAUGGUAUAAACGCGCACUGCAGGUGUCCCGCAAAGCUGAGAUAUUAUCACCUUUGGGAGCGCUGUAUUAUAACACUGGCCGAUAUGAGGAAGCUCUGCAGAUCUACCGGGAAGCUGCGGCCCUCCAGCCUUCUCAAAGGGAGCUCCGCCUGGCCCUGGCUCAGGUUUUGGCCGUAAUGGGUCAGACAAAAGAAGCUGAAAAGAUGACCAACCACAUCGUGUCAGAGGAGACUGGAUGCCUCGAAUGCUACCGCCUGUUGUCAGCAAUCUACAGCAAGCAGGAACGCCACGACAAGGCACUCGAUGCUAUAGACAAAGCUCUCCAACUGAAGCCAAAGGACCCUAAAGUCGUAUCUGAACUUUUUUUCACAAAAGGAAACCAACUAAGAGAGCAGAAUCUUCUGGAUAAAGCUUUUGAGAGCUACAAAGCAGCCGUGGAACUGAAUCCAGAUCAAGCACAGGCCUGGAUGAACAUGGGUGGAAUCCAACACAUCAAGGGAAACUAUGUGUCCGCAAGAGCUUAUUAUGAGAGAGCCUUACAGCUGGUUCCAGACAGCAAACUGCUGCAGGAAAAUCUCGCCAAACUGGAUCGCCUAGAAAAACGAUUACAAGAAGUUCGAGAAAGGGAUCAAACAUAAGCAGCACUGGAACCAGUCUCGAGGGACAGUGCUGGUGCCUCUGGAAGAGGAAAAAGUGAUGCAGGCUCGCUUUCACAGCAGCAGGGGGGCAACAAAGAAGCUUUCCUGUCUCCCUGCAUUCAGGGGGGCACAUUUAGGGACACCUGCUGGCACCUCUGUGCUGAGGGACUUUCAUUUCCAUGGAAGAAGACAGAAAGAGCAAGCAAGAGCUAGGCCUGAGAGGAAGGAAAACAACUACUACACGUUUUGCAGAUUUUUGUUGGCUUUAAUUCCAGAUUUCCCUUCAUCUAUUUCUCUGCUUUCCCAGCCUGAGAAGCUAAUUCCAUCUCUUAGUGUAGACUUUUAUGUCCCAGAAAUAUAGGGGCUUGAAAUGCUAUGAAGGGAGAGCAGCUCUUCUUAAUGAGUUUUUUCAAAGAGAAUAAAAUCUCUGGGAUAACCAUUUGGGAAAUUCCACCAAGACGUAGCUCAUUGAAUUCUCCAGAACUGGAGAUGAGUAAUAGUUUGUGUAGAAUCUUCUGGAAUAUAUGGGGGAAAGGGCUCUUGUUAAGUGAGCGCUGCCUAUAUUCCCCUGGGGAUAAUCCCCCUAGAGCCCAAUUGAAGAGUAAAUUAAAUUCCACUCUGAUGCAAUCUUUUCCUGUUGCCUAAUAUAUCAAAAAAAGGAAGCUUCUGGAAUUGUGUAUGUGUAUUCUUAUCCCUAGGGGAAAAUCAAGGAUCUUGGUACCCCUAAUUCUUUAUGGAAAUGUUUAAGAUUAUUUUAAUUUUAUUACAAGUAUUACUAGAGUAGUGGUUCUGCUCUAAGAUUUCAGAAGUGCUUUUAGAAUCAUAAAUGUUUCUGCCUCCACAUAUAUUGUUAUUUUGGUGGAGAAAAAAUAGUAUAUUCUACAUGAGAAAUAUUAAAGAUAUUAACUAAGAGAAAUGUUCUACUUUGUUAUCUUAACGUUCAGUCAUCCAGAGAUUUAUUAUUUUUUUGAAAACUAUAUUUAACCAUUGACAAAUCUUUACAGUAUAUCACAGAAAUCUUCACAGACUAUAAACAGAUGGAAAGCGAGCUCUAUUGAUUUGUCUACUGGGUCUCAAUGAGAAUUCUGCGCUUAGAACAUGAGUGAUGGAAACUUGGAGUUCUUGGUUCUGUAUUUAUAAUUUUGGAGAUUUCAUGGAGAAUGCUGAAAAAAUCUAGGGGAAAAAAUCUCAAUUUGUAAUUUAAAAAAUAUAUAUUUAUAUUUAAAAGAUGGAGGUAGCAAAGUUGAAUUUACAAUUUGGCCUUUGUUUUUUAUUGUUAUUUAUUUCAUAACUUAUAAAAUAUUUAAUAUAUAUGUGUACACACAUUUUUUCCUGUACAUACUGGUUUUAAUAGUAGCUUUCAGAACUGAUCAUACAAAAAUUACAAAUCUGAAUUACAAAGUAGUUAAGUUUUAACAGCCCCUCAAAAAUUUUGUAUUGAUUAUUCACUUGCUGAAGCUAAAGAAAUUAAGAAUCAGACAUCAGUGUUUGGGUGGUAAUAUAUUUUGGAAGUGAAGAAAUUGGAGCACCUGAUUCUAAUUUGGCCAUCAUCAUAACCUUUAAAAAAAAGGAGGAGGAGGAGAAGAAGAAGAAGAAGAAGAAGAAGGGGAGAAGGAGGAGGAAGAACAACCACCAAGUGCUGUUCACAGCCCUGGGCCAGGUGGCCUAAACAUAUAGUAGCCUGAAGGCACUCAGAUUUCACGUGCUCAGACCAGGGCAGGGUAAAAAGUCUGUUUCUUCUCAACACAGUAUCAGGAAACACUGCCCCUCUAUGUUGUUAUCUUUUUGUCAAGGUAAGUCUAGUUAAAAAAAACUUCUUUGGAAAGGGAUGUUGGAAGGAAUACUUUAAAUGCAAAGGAUUACAGAAUUUGAAUUGGCAUACAUGUAUUUGUAUGGAUCAGUAAUCCGAUAAUAUAUGUAUUACCACUAUGAUCUUCGGUUUCUAAUAGUCCUUUUAGCCUUAGAUAUCAUAACCUUUUCCAAAAUUUUAUUUAAAAUAUUUUUCUUGUCUUCAAAAUUAUACUUGUGUAGUCCUAAGGCCAAGAAAUGUACUAGAGUUUAUUUUGAAUGAUCAGCCCACCCCCAAAUUGAAAAGCAUAAGCCUAGCUAAAAACAGUAUCUAAGACUCUAAUCACAACUUUUUAAAAUAACCUGUAACCAAAACUCACACUUAAGGAAAUUAAUGGAAAAGACUAAGCCCCAAGUUUUGAAAAGCUUUUUUUUUCUCAGCCUUACUUGAAGUGCUGCUAAAGGUAUGAGGGUCCGUUAGUGGGAAUAAUUGAAAUGGCAGUCAAAGUGUAAAAGUUUCUAAGGGAAGGGGUCACAUGACCUUCAGGAGACUUCUUCUAUCUUCUUUUGGGUGCUUUUCUCUCUCCCCAUGUCUUCCUGUCUCUCUGUCUCUCCCCCUCCCCUCAAUCUCUCCUUUCAUUCUGUCCCUCCUCCCCCUCCCCUUCUCACUAUCACUCUGCCUCAUUCUGUGUGCACACACUGGCAACUCUUUGAACAUUAAAAGUAAGCACUGUUUGUUGGGUCAGAUAUUUUUAUCCUGAUUUAAUAAUGUCACUGAGAUGUAGCCAAUGAAAUAGUUUUCAUAGUUAAAUAGUGCCUAUAAGAAAAUAAAUCACAUGUUAUUUUUCAAAGAUAUUAAGUGUAUUUUAUAACUAUUUUUAUUUGGUUCUUGUAACAUGAAAAUAAUAUUCAUUCUUAUCAAUAAAAGCAGGCUAGUCAUGGAGAUCUAUCUAGAUUGCCCUUAAUAAAAGCAUGCUUGGCAUGAGAGUUGAUAGCCCUUUCUGAGAUGGAGUCUCAGAGCCAGCUUCAUGAGCAUGCACUUCAUGUGGCCCCUCAGGGUCCUGCACUCAGGCACCCAUGCUUGGUCAAAGGCUCUGCUUGAAAUUCUUAAUAAUUUUUGAACGACGAAUCCAGCAAUUCCAUUUUGUGCUGGACCCUUAAAUAUGUAGGGUAUCCUCAGCGGGAGGGAAGUUGACUGAGGACAAGACAGGAGUUGCUUUAGUCUGGGUGAACACUUGAUCUGGUGAUCAGUUUUAUUUGUGACUGUGUUACUCUGGGCAGCAUUUGCUUUUUUUUCUCAGCUACAUUUCAAGUUCCUUGUGUACGUCUGUUCCCCUCUUACUGCCAGUCUAUCUAACCUGUCCUUCUGUCCUACCUAGAACCAGUUCUCCUUGUCUUUAAAAUUCCCAGGAAAUGACAGUCCCUUGACACAGGAACCAUGACAAUGGCUUUACCAGUUUAUUUCAACCCUAAGAAUUAUUCAGAAUUUUUUAAAUGAUCCAGAUGUUUUCAGUCUGUAUUCAUAAAACAUGGUCCCGUGAUGUAACAUAGGUAAACUAAACCAAAGAUUCAAAUGCCUUGGAGGAAAGGAAAUUUUAUUUUAGGGAAUCCUGAGAUAUAUUCUUUUGGGCUUAUUUGUUUUGAGGUCUAACAUAAAACAAAGAGGACUGUUGGCACUUUAAUUACAACUUCCUAUAAUACUUCACAGCCCCUAGCAUGAGACUCUGACAUUUGUCACAGGUCAUACCUCAUCUGAUGCAGGGGUUUAUAGUGGUUGCACGAUGCUUCUGGGCAACUGCUCUUCAAUGGGACUAAAUGAGAAAAUCCAAACUGUUCUAUACAAACCCACCUACAAAAGCUAUAAUUGGAGGGGGAAUAAAAACAAAUGUGUGGUUUCUUACUGUCUCUAUUAAACAUUCCAGGCCCCUCAGGUUGACGAGCCACAUUCAGCUGAUAGUUGAGAACUAAUCCCUCACACAUACCGGCUCUCAAGCCUGGCUGGGCUGUAGGAUCACCUGGGGACCUUUGGAAAUCUCUGAGAUGCUGGCUGCCCAGGUUAAGAUGCUAAUAUGCAGCUAGGCUGCGGAACCACUGUGGGCUAACAACUUUAAUGGACUUUUAUAGCCCUUCUCAAGUUGUGCUUUUAAAUCUAGGCUACAAUGAGCCAAAGAAUUCUAAAGAAUAAUUUAUGGCACAGUUGAUUGGUUGAGACUAUUGUUUCAAGACUGACAGACAGGUCGGUUGGGUAGGGUAAUUUGCACUUGUGGCAGUUGGACUAUAAUUUGACCUUACAUUUUUAGAAUUCUUGGUCCUCAGAUGGAGAGGAAUUGGCAUUUGUAUACACCAGACAAGUCACCCAGUAUGUAAAACUCAGAAGGUGUUCAUGGCAUAGAGUAUAUUCCUAAACCUACAUCUCUCUUUUGGUUAUACACAUGUAAACUUUGGUUAAUUAUUUCUUAAUUGUACUCAUUAGAAUCAGUUUUUGAGGGGAAAACGAAAAAACUUUUGCUCUGAUGUGUUAAGGAUUUGCCUCUUACGUUAAUCAACCUAUAGGAUAUUAGUAACAACAAUCAAGGCAAAUGUAGUUGUAGGCGGUUUGUUUGUUUUUAAUAUUUCACCUAGUUUCCAGAUCACAUUUACUUUGAUUAAAUGGCAUGUUGGUAUCCCAAUGAUGACAAAAUGUAAUUAUCUGACAUCUUUUGGCAUUUUAAAAGAGUAAAGACCUAUCAAAUCUUGCAUUUAGGCUGCAAUUAAGAUAAAAGCUUACUAUGCCAAAUACACACACACACACACACACACACACACACACACACACAAGGAAACAUAACUUUUAUAAUUAUUCUUGAAGUUUUGAUGUAAAAAAUUAUGUUGAACAGUUCUUCAAAAAAUAGCACCUCCUCCAUUAUUUUUGUUUUUAGGAGCCAUUAACUUAAAGGGAAGAAAUAAAAUAACUAUAAUCAAAGGAGUGGUUUAAUAUCAGCAAAAUAAAAUGAUGCAACAGAAUUGAUGAUAUUCAUGUCAGUCAAAUGGCUCAUAUAAAAAUGUGUUCUUUUUAUCACCAAAGAUCCUUUCAGUUAAAAUCUUUUAAGGCAUGUAGCUUGUAAAAUCAGUGUCCAUCACAAUAUAUGGUCACGAUUAGUUUGUAAGUGUAGAUCAUCAUUUACCCCAAAAUGGAAAGACAUGUCUAUGUCCAGAAAUCCCGGAGUUUCUUCCCAUUCUCAAGUGGUGCAAGUGGAGUGUAUUUAUGUCACAUUGGGAAGUUUCCAGUGUGUAUAACAUGCUUUUGGGGUUGCCUUGCUAGCCCAAAGAGGGGUGCACCAGUCCAAGAAUCUGGAAAUCUGGGUGGUAGACCUGUACUGCCCCGGAGGAACUGCCUCACCCUGGGCAGGCUACCUGGUGUUUCAGUCAUGUUUAUCACCCAGUGAGAGACUAGUUCGUUCUGUGAAACUGUCAAGCUCUAAGUGUCUCCUGAAUCCAGAUUGAAAGCCCUUUACAUCGAAGAGAUAACUGAUUAGUGUUGCCCUUCAUUUUAGAAAUUCUUAAGAUAAUCACCGCAUCAAAACACAUACACAAACAACCAUAAAAGGGACUGCACUGCCCAAGUGCUUUAACAUGGCAGAGACAGUUCCUCUUAUUUUGCAGUCUGUACACAUGAAAAUGAAGUGAUUUUGUUAUGUUUCUGGGGAAAAAGUAUUUUUAAAAAUUUCCUCCUAAGGAAUUAAAAUAUCUGUAGAAGCCAUGGCUUGCUUUUCUAACGUGGAAAUUAUUUGCCUUGCAGAUCCCUCCUUUUAUCAGGGAGAAAAUGUCUUGCAGCCUGUUCUUUGUUCAUGGUUUUGUUUCCUACUUUGAUCAGUUGUAUAUAAAUGUACAUUUUUGUUACUUUUGCUGUGCCAGUUAGAAAUCUACUUCCCAUAAAGUAUUUCUCCCAUUUAAGUCCAAUUAUGUACACUUUGCCUAGGUCUUUCCAAAAUAAAAUUUAUGUAAAUGUUUAUUUUAUAUAAAAUAUAAUGAAAAUAAUUAUGUCUC